AUGGUUCCAAUGGCGUCUCUUGUGGAAUGUGCUGAGCGGCUGAUCCCUUGGCGCAUACGUCUUCUGCCCAUGGGCGCAUCCUGGACCAUGUCUUCAACCGCCGAAUUGCUCUGGAAUAUACGACCGAUGGCAGCCAGACCCACCAGGAGGGUAAGCGGCAAGAUGGUGAUCGUGCAAAGAGAUGGCUCGCCUGAAGCGGCACAUGAGGCCAGACACACCGUGCUGGCCAAAACUGCCGAGAAGCUCAUGAGGAGAUGGCUGGUAAAGGAUGAGGUCAGAUUUAUAAUUAAUUUCGUUGCAAAUGAUGAGAUGGAUUUUAUAGUCAGUUUAUCUUCUCCAUCGAUCAUGUUCGACUCCCACGAGGCACCGCCUGCAUUGGCCUCUGCAGGGCUGGGAAGGCGGAAGAUAGCAAGAUGCAUGGAUGAAGCAUAUCACUCUCUCAUCAAUGUGCACGUCCAUAAUCAUGGUCUGGAAUACGGAGUGGUGCGGAGGUUGUAUCAGGGGAUAAUGGGGAAGUUCAUUGGUAGCUUUCCGUGUUGA